GCCAUGCUUCAUAAACAGGUAAACACAAGAUAGGCCCAAACUGCAGCCAGCCUCUGGCGGGCCUUGCCUUUGAGGACGGAGUUUCACAGGACUCCAUGGGGAGUGGAUUUUGUUGUUCUUCCUAAUACUGCUCUGAGCCCUUCCUGACAGCAGUCAUUAAGGUGAAGGGAACGCCAUGCCUGGUGGAGAUCAGGAACCAGGGCGCUACUACGUGGGUGUGGACGUUGGGACAGGCAGCGUCCGUGCGGCUCUGGUGGACCAGAGGGGCAUCCUGUUGGCCUUCGCAGACCAGCCAAUUAACAAGUGGGAGCCUCAGUUCAACCACCACGAGCAGUCCUCUGAGGACAUCUGGGCCUCAUGCUGUGCUGUCACAAAGAAAAUUGUGCAAGGGAUCGAUUCAAACCAAAUCCGGGGGCUUGGGUUUGAUGCCACGUGUUCUCUGGUGGUUUUGGAUAAGCAGUUUCGUCCCUUACCGGUCAACCACGAAGGGGAUUCUCACCGAAACAUCAUCAUGUGGCUGGACCACCGUGCAGUCAGUCAGGUGCACAGGAUCAACGAAACCCAGCACAGCGUCCUGCAGUACGUGGGGGGUGUGAUGUCUGUGGAAAUGCAGGCCCCAAAGCUUCUGUGGCUAAAGGAGAACUUGCGAGAGACUUGCUGGAAUAAGGCGGGGCAUUUCUUUGAUCUCCCAGACUUCUUAUCGUGGAAGGCAACAGGUGUCACAGCACGGUCUCUCUGCUCCCUGGUGUGCAAAUGGACAUACUCAGCAGAGAAAGGCUGGGACAACAGUUUCUGGAAGAUGAUUGGUUUGGAAGACUUGGUUGCAGAUAAUUACAGCAAAAUAGGAAACCAAGUGCUGCCUCCUGGAGCUCCUCUUGGAAAUGGGCUUACACCAGAGGCCGCGAAAGACCUUGGCCUUCCUGCUGGGAUUGCCGUGGCAGCCUCACUUAUUGACGCCCAUGCAGGAGGACUAGGAGUGAUUGGAACAGAUGUGAGGGGGCACGGCCUCGCCUGUGAGGGACAGCCGGUGACGUCACGGUUGGCUGUCAUCUGUGGAACAUCUUCUUGUCACAUGGGGAUUAGCAAAGAUCCGAUUUUUGUACCAGGUGUCUGGGGUCCUUAUUUCUCAGCCAUGGUUCCUGGGUUCUGGCUAAAUGAAGGUGGACAGAGUGUUACUGGGAAAUUGAUAGACCACAUGGUGCAGGGCCAUGCUGCCUUCCCUGAACUGCAAGCCAAGGCCACAGCUCGAUGCCAGAGCGUAUAUGCAUAUUUGAACAGUCACCUGGAUCUGAUUAAGAAGGCUCAGCCUGUGGGUUUCCUCACUGUUGAUUUACAUGUUUGGCCAGAUUUCCAUGGCAACCGGUCUCCCUUAGCAGAUUUGACACUGAAGGGCAUGGUCAGCGGAUUGAAACUGUCUCAGGACCUUGAUGAUCUUGCCAUUCUCUACCUGGCUACAGUUCAAGCCAUUGCUUUUGGGACCCGCCUCAUUAUAGAGGCCAUGGAGGCAGCGGGGCACUCGCUCAGCACUCUGUUCCUGUGUGGAGGCCUGAGCAAGAACCCCCUUUUUGUGCAAAUGCAUGCGGACAUUACUGGCAUGCCUGUGGUCCUGUCCCAAGAGGUGGAGUCUGUUCUCGUGGGCGCUGCUAUUCUGGGUGCCUGUGCCUCGGGGGAUUUCACUUCUGUACAGGGAAGUUCAUCAAAAAGGGUUGCCGAUUUCAUCCUCGUUGGUCCACAUCUCUGGAAGAGGGGAGCGUUCUUGUGUCUCUCUUACGUGCAGUUGAUGAGACUGGUGGGCUGUCCUCGGAUGACUGGGGAGUUCAGCAUCAUCCUUUCAUUAUGUAGAAAUGGAAACAGAUGGAGAAGGUGGCAGGAGGCCAUGGCAAGAAUGAGCAAAGUUGGGGAAGUUGUGUUUCCCAGACUUGAGGAUAAAAGGUAUUAUGACAAGAAGUAUCAAGUAUUCCUGAAGCUGGUUGAACACCAGAAGGAGUAUGCAGCGAUCAUGAACAGGGACUGACCAGUGCCAGUGGCAGAAGGUUUUCUGGCAUUGAACUGCAGACCUCUGUCAUUUCAUCUUAUAUUCAGAACCUUUAGGUAUCAUUGUAUCAUGCUGUAUUGUCUUUUAAUAAAGAAAACCAAGACAUUUGCAACCAUAA